UAAAAGCGUGGCAAAAUGCAGUGUGGAUUGGACAGAAUUUUGAUCGUCUUUCCACAGCCUCACCCUUACUCAUACAGCUGCUGCUCAAAAAGUGUUCAUUACCCCCCUUUCUUUGUUCGGAGUUCGAAGCUUGGAUCUUUAUCUUUUUACCGAUUAGGAAAACCCAGAAAAGGCAACCCUUUUUCUUCCCCCAUGAGAAUUCUUCAGGCUUCCACCUCCUACAGUGUUGGCUUUGGCAUUCUAUCCAUAUCUACCCGCCCCAAAUCUUUCACUCAGCGCCAUUCCACCAUAGCCGCAGGACAAGCAUUGGACAAACCUGUUCAGAUAGCAAGAAAGUUCUCAGAGCAGCAUACUUUGAAGAAGGGAGAUAUGGUGAAAGAAGGAACUUCAGUUGUUCUAGAGAAAAAAGAUUUUGCAGUUCCAAGGAGAAAGGCGAUGGCCCUGAUAUUCUCAAGUUUAGUGCUCUCAAAUUAUGAAUUGCCCAAAGUUGCAUAUGCUCAAUCUACUGAGUUCAGGGAAUAUAUUGACACCUUUGACGGCUAUUCCUUUAUGUAUCCUCGAAACUGGAUUCAAGUGCGUGGUGCUGGUGCUGACAUAUUUUUCAGGGAUCCUCUUGUUUUAGAUGAAAAUCUCUCAAUGAACAUAUCAUCUCCUUCAUCGUCUGCGUACAAAAGUGUAGAAGAUUUGGGUCCACCAGAAAAAGCUGGAAAGGGAGUCCUUAGACAAUAUUUGACUGAAUUUAUGUCCACCAGACUUGGUGUCAGACGUGAAUCAAGUGUUCUUUCUACUUCGUCCAGGGUAGCUGAUGAUGGGAAGCUGUAUUAUGAAGUUGAGGUGAAUAUCAAGUCAUAUGCUAACAAUAAUGAGUUGGCUGUAAUGCCACAAGAUCGAGUUGCUCGUCUGGAAUGGGAUAGGCGAUACCUUUCAGUUCUUGGAGUGGAAAACAACCGUUUAUAUGAGUUGAGAAUACAAACACCUGAAAAAACCUUUGCAGAUGAGGAAAGUGACAUUCGUGCAAUUAUGGAUUCCUUCCGAGUAAACAAGAUUGAAGUUUGAUAGACCUUUUAUUCAAAAAGAAACGUUUCGACAGCCAAUUAUUCAAGAUUCGAUUUGAUCACAUGAGAACAUUGACGCCUGUUUAGUCAUUGGUUUUAUUUCAGUUUCUUAUUCAUGGCUUUUAUCUG